AUGGCUGCUGCUGUCGCCAGAUAUCCUUCUAUGCCCGGUCGUUCUUCGACACCUCCACCGCACCUGUCGCUCAACACCUCUUCUCGGGGUACGCCUACUGCCAUUCCCAACAAGCACAUCCCGGAGUGCUCUCCUGGUGGACUCCCUGCAACUCCCCCAGCAUCGCCCCCGCGCCAGGACAGUCUUAUUGAAACCUCGUCAAUCACAUACCCACCAGAUGCAUACUGUUCACUCUACUCCGAUGACCCGCCCGUGUACACCAUCACAGCGGAUCGCAUGGCGGAGGCCCUAGAGCACAUUGCAACGCAGCCGCUUCCGAACCCCGACCAAGUCUUUCCGUGGAUGCAUGGUCUUCACUCCGAGAAUCAGAUACAACUUGCUUUCUUCUCUUCUCGUCGCAGAAGCGGUCGGAAAGUUCCCAGAUGCAUUCGCAGUAUUACUGUCGUCAAAACCGGCGGGAAUCUGUCAGCUUCCAAGCUCAAGGGCGCAAUUGCACCAGAUGAGCUACUGGAAUCGGUGUCUUCUGAUACUCCCAGGUUCAUUGAAUGUGACCCCAAGGAUGGCUUUUCUGUGCGCAACUUCCAGAUCCAGGCCUGUAAACUGGCUAUGGUGUCUGACAUCAUAGUAUAUGGCGACCACAAAACCAAGCCGCAAGACACAAUUGCGCUAGCUCAGAAGAUUUCCAGAGCGCAGAGGCAGUAUGAAGCAAGGAACGGGUUUCCGCAUUGCUUGUUCAACACGUUCAUGCUCUCAGAUCCCUUUGCGUCCAUGCAGGAGAAGUACCCGAAGCUAGUUGCUAUUAAUUCUACUGGCGACAUGACAGGAGAGAUCGCCGAUUUCUUCUAUUGGGAACGAUAUGAGAUGAGUGCGAUGUCGAAAGCAACUGAGAUCAGCAACAACGUUUUCUUGGGACCAACGCCUGAUCAAGCACUGCAUCCGGACUGCAUGGGAGAAGAAGGCUACGAUAUGCUGAUUGAAGCGACUGAUCUUGCGCAUGUACCCGAAUCGCGCUCGCUCCGAGCCCUCCGCAUGGGUCUGGAACGAGUUCACCGCAAGUCUACCCUGCACAUGGAAUUUCCCUCAUCCGGAAGCAUCAUGCCUCCUACAUGGGCGCAUGGCGAAGUUGACGGCCUGAUGGAAAUGUGCAAGUGGAUGUACGAGCUGGCGAACCCACAAGAGGUCCGGCGGUCGAAGCGACGACGGGAAGAAGAAGACGAAGCUAUAGAGAUGGACGACAUUGCUGCGCCACGCAAGUUUUUGAUACACUGCACCGAUGGUUAUACCGAGACGACACUUCUGGCUUUGGCUUACUUCAUGUAUGCGGAAGGCCUACCUGUUCACGAUGCUUGGAUUCAAAUGCAUCGCGACAAGGGCCGCAACUUCUUCGCAUACCCUUCGGAUGUUGCCCUUCUAACAGCGAUCCAACCUCGGAUCCUUCAAGACUCCCCUCGCUUCAACCAGAGUGUUCUUAAUCUUUCCGAACCACGCUGGCUUUCGAAGCUCGACGGCAGUCUGCCCAGUCGGAUCUUGCCUUACAUGUACCUCGGCAACCUUGGACACGCUAACAACCCGGAGCUCCUCCGCGCUAUGGGCAUUAACCGCAUCCUGAGUGUUGGAGAACCGCUUUCUUGGCCGGAAGACGUCAAGAAGAAGCUCGACUGGCCUGCCGAGAACUUCCUGAUGGUCGACCGAGUUCAGGACAAUGGCGUAGACCCGCUCUGGGGCGAGUUUGAGCGCUGCCUGAAAUUCAUUGAAGCAGGCAAGAAAGAAGGAGGCGCUACUUUAGUGCAUUGUCGUGUUGGCGUGUCGCGUUCUGCAACGAUUUGUAUUGCUGAAGUUAUGAACGAGAUGGGCCUAUCCUUCCCUCGUGCCUACUGCUUUGUUCGGGCACGACGACUUAAUGUUAUAAUUCAACCACACCUUCGAUUCACUUACGAACUUCUUAAGUGGGAAGAGUACCAGCGUCAACGACGUAAUGAGCCUCUUCGCCGCGACCUGGAGUGGGCAACAGUUGCGCGCGAAAUCGCGCUGAUGAACAAGCCCUACUCCAGAUAA